AUGAUUGACAUCACUGCAAAAUUGCUCAAUGGAUCCACGUUCUUUACCAGCGAAGUUAUCGAGUGCAUGGUCACAUUUAGCUAUCCAGCGAGUCCGACUCUGGAAAAGGCUCAGAGUAACAGUGAUUUAUUUGAAAAUCUUGCCUGGGCCAGCGCCCAAAUCCAUUGCCAAUGUUCGAUAAAUGAAAAACUGAUUCUUGGUAAUAAAAUCAAAGCAGAUGUUACUCCUGCUGUUGUUAAUACUGAUACAACGUUUGCUCCAUCUUCGAGUGAUAACGGACAUGCUGUACUCAAUACAAAACCUAAAAUUUUGUUCUGUGACUUGAAGCUGUCCCCUGGAGAGAGCAAAUCUUUUGUAUAUAAAGAAACCAUUCCAAAUCACUCACCUCCCUCAUACCGAGGACAAGCUGUUAAAUAUUCAUAUAAGAUAACCAUAGGUACUCAGCGUGUCAAUUCACAGAUUAAAUUGUUAAGGAUACCUUUCCGAGUAUUGUCUUUAAAAGAGUUACCUGACGGAGCCGGCAGCAGCGACAGCGUAGAAUUGAGCCCUAACAAUACGUUCAUAGAAACACAAAAAGAGACACCGAUAGAACUUGCAAUGCAGACACUUCAGAACAUAACGGCAAGGCGUAGCCCUAACUUUUAUAACAUUACAAACGAGCGGGGUCGGGUGGUAAGGUUUUGCCUUUUCAAAAAUUCCUACAAGCUGGGCGAGGACAUAGUCGGGACGUUUGACUUUUCUAACGCAACCGUGUCGUGCACUCAAGUUUCCGUGACUCUGCAAUCGGAGGAGCACAUAGCCGAAGACUAUAAGAGAGGAAAGUCUGGAACUGCUUUGAGCAGCUACAAUAAGCACCACGAGGUCGUCAUUGGCUUCUUGUACACUCACCUCAUGUUGCCAAUCCCCUUUCACAUAACCCCGGACUUCAAUACCGAGCUGGUCACUCUGAAGUGGCGACUGCACUUUGAAUUCGUGACGACUGUGAAGCCCAUCGAAUUCCCCAACGAGAAUACCACGAGUUGGCAGGCACCAUCCACCAUAGAAGUCGAGACGAAAGUCUGGGAUCUACCUGUACAUAUAUAUCCGACCACAGUCCCUCCAAAUAUUACUCCAGUAGUUCAAAAUAGUAUAGUUAUUUAA